AUGAAGCUCCUGACAGAGGGGGGAACAGCCGGGUCGCUGCUGCACGAGAAAAAAGCAGGCGACCAGGGGUAUCAGGGAGAGCAGGAAGAGAAGGAGGAGGAGAAAGAGGAGGCGGAAGAGAGGGAGGAGGAGCAGAGAGAGAAAGUAAUCAAGCAGGGGGAAAUGGAGGAGACCCGGGGAUCAAAGGCUGGGGGAGUGACGCGGACUCGGAUGGGUCGUGACUGUGCAUGCAUGGGCAAGGAGGAGCACGAUGGCCCAUGUGGUAACCUUUGGGUUACCAAGGCCCCUGGACCUACCUCCUCCCACUGGCUCUCUUCGUCCUCACAGCCAGCUGGAUUGCCGUCGGUGGGCAGUGCUUAG